AUGACAGUGAUCAAUGAGAGUCACCCACAACAGUUCAUUCUACUAGGAUUUGCUGACCAGCCUUGGCUGGCGCUUCCUCUAUUCAUUGUUCUUCUGAUCACAUACCCCAUGGCCAUGAUGGGAAACAUCGCCAUCAUCCUGGUGACCAGGUUAGACCCCCGGCUCCACAGUCCCAUGUAUUUCUUCCUCACCAACCUCUCCUUUUUGGACAUGUGUUACACCACCAGCAUCGUCCCUCAGAUGCUGUUCAACCUGGGGAGCUCUGAGAAGACCAUCAGCUACAUGGGGUGUGCGGUUCAGCUUUAUAUCUUCAACACAAUGGGGGCCACAGAAUGUCUACUCCUGGCUCUUAUGUCCUUUGAUCGCUAUGUGGCCAUCUGCAGACCUCUGCACUACACCCUCAUCAUGAACCAGCGCCUCUGCAUCCUGUUAGUGUGCAUCGUAUGGCUGUGUGGCAUUACCUAUGCUGUGUCAGAGGCUACAGUUACACUACAACUGCCAUUGUGUGGCGUCAAUCAACUGGAUCACUUGUUGUGUGAGAUUCCAGUUCUGAUCAAGACUGCCUGUGGUGAAAAGGAAGCCAAUGAGCUUGCACUCUCUGUCAUAUGCAUUUUUAUAUUAGCUAUUCCUCUGUGCUUAGUUCUGGCUUCCUACACAUGUAUUGGACAUGCUAUAUUGAAAAUAAAAUCUUCUGAAGGAAGGAAAAAGGCCUUUGGGACAUGCUCUUCCCAUCUCAUUGUAGUUUUCUUAUUUUAUGGCCCAGGAAUUACUAUGUACCUGCAGCCCCCCUCCUCCAUCACAAGGGACCAGCCCAAGUUCAUGGCUCUCUUCUAUGGAGUGGUGACUCCUACUCUCAACCCCUUCAUCUAUACCCUGAGGAAUAAGGAUGUCAAGGGAGCAUUAGUCAACCUGGUGAGGAGCAUCUUCAGUUCUAAAUAA